AUGAAUGAUAUCUGUGUAGAACUCAAUAACUUUGAGGACAUUAUUCAUCCGUCUACACCACUACUAGAUUUUGAUUCGCUAUCCUCAGAAAAUUCGACAAUGGCUCAUGUAAUUGUUCAACACCAAACAUCAUCAAGUCAAACUGACACUCUUGUACCUUUGGGGCAUGAAGUUGACGAAGGAUUAUUUUUUUAUAAACAAGAUCCAGCCGAUCUCCUACAUUUUCUACAAACAUUUUCAAAUGAACAACAACAAUCUAUGUACGAUACAACAGCGAAAACUUUUCUAGAUACGAAUUCAAUUAAUUUUCCUUUGACGAAUUCGUUGCAAUCAUUAAAUGAAUCCAAUCAUGAAGAAGAAAAAUUGCACAACUUCAAUGGGGAUCUAUUUGAACCAAUAGUUAAAGAAGAUGAAAUAAGUGAUACACUAAACAGUAUCUUAUCAUCAGGGAUAUCCGAUGAAUUGAUUGGCGAUAGUAUAUUAGAUUCGAAUUCACCAUUAAAUGCUGAACGCCAUUUCCGCAGGCGAAAACGACGUACGUCGUUAACGCGAACAUCGCUAUCGAACGAUGAAAAUGAACUCACAGAAACAGAUUCAAUAGAACGAACUGAUAGUAAUCAAGAAGAUAGAGUAGAAGAUCUUAAUGAAACUCUUGAACGAAUUUCAUUAAAUGAAAAAAAGGAAGAUAACUCAGUGAAAAACGAAGAGCUCAAUGAUAAAACGGUUUCUCCAGGCCGAUUUAGAGUAAGAAGACUAAGAUACCGACCACCAUACCAACAGACACCAUCCGUAUCGCAAGAGUCUACAUCUGAUAAUCAAGUUCAGUUUUUCGUACCUAAUGAAUUGCCGAGUUCUGCAUCGCUAUCGACGCCGCCCUCUUCUCCAACCUCACUCAUAGUCAAUGCACCCCUAUCAAGUGCCAGUCGAAAUGCUUCUACGGGUGCUUUAAAACUAAGUGGUUCUACUGGAGCAAUAAAAAAGAUGGUUCGUUUUGCUGAUUCAGUUGGUCGUCAAUUAGCACAAGUGCAAUACAUUCAAUCAUUAACCGAUGAUGAUUCAACGAAUUUUUCAUUUUUAAAAAAUAAUGUGUACGUGCCAAAAUCAUUAAACUUCGAACAUAAACCAUGGGCGUUUGAUGUCGAAAUUGCAUCAAAACAAACUCCUGAAAUUCGCGUACCAAAGAGAUUCUUUUGUUUAUUCCGCCAACCGAACUCCGAACAUCCGGAAAUCUAUUUACAUGAAGUAUGGAAAUCCCAAAUAAAAUUAGAAUAUGCUAGUAUACGUCUCAAAUCGUCAAUGACUGGUGAACAAUUUCUUUACGGUACACUUUGGUCGAAUAAAUAUGAACAUGAAGCUACUCAUCUUUACCAUUCAAACGAUAUUCGUAAUCUAGAUAAAUUUGAAUUUAAUAUUGAUAUUCCAGAUGAUAUUGAUCGAGCUGACUUCGUCCUUCGUUAUCGUGUCAAUGGGCAAGAACAUUGGGAUAAUAAUGAAGGAAAAAAUUAUACAUUGGAAACUGAAUCUGCCUAUUCACCACAAACAACAAUAUCUUUGCCUCAUGAUUGUAGUUUUAACGAAAUGAGAUUUUAUUAG